AUGUCCGAUAUCGAUGACGAACUGCUCGCCCUCGCCGGCGGCGACGUGUCCGAAGGCGAGGAUGCCGGCGAGGCCAUGGACAUCAGCCGCGACAAUUCUUCCCCACGCCACCGUGACGACGCCGCGUCCGACAAGGACGACGACGAUGACAAGGAUGCGCCACGUCGAGGUACUUCAGCGCGCAGGGCAAAGCGCCGCAGCGAGGAUGAUGAAGAGGAGGAGGAGGGCGAGGCCUCCCCUCCAGGCUCUCCAGGCUCGCAAAUGUCGGCCCCGAUGGACGAGUCGGACUCCGAUUCCGACACCCCGCAAGCUCGUACCCGCGGCGCGGCUGCUGACGAUGACAAUCCCUACCCGGUCGAAGGCCUGUUCAAGAGUCUCGAAGAGAAAGCACGUAUUAUGAGCAUGCGCGAGAUCGAGCGUGAACAGAUCCUCGCCGAGCGCCGCGAGGAGAACGAGCGUAUCCGCCAAAACCGCAUGCUUCGCCAGCUCAAGGUCAACCAGGAGAAGGAAAAGGAGAAGGAGAAGGGAAAAGACAUGAGCAAGAAGCGCAAAGCUGUCGACCUUGACGACGACGACGAUCUCCACACAGGUCGCCGUACCGACCUCCGCAAGUCAUCCCGGGCCCGCACCCGCGCCGAUCAGAGCAGCGACAAGAUGGAUUCCCUGCGCCGUGCCCGCGAAGAGCGCACCAGCCGCAAGGAGGCCCGCGAGCGCGAGAACGAUCGCCGUCGUCGCGACCGCGACCGCGACCGCGACCGCUCAGAAUCAUCGUACGGCCGCUCUCGUAGCAGGAGCCGCGACAGGUACAACCGCCGUCCGAGCAGCCGCGACAGCGAUGACUAUCGUCGGUCCAAGUCCCGCAACAGGUCGCGCAGUCCUGAGCCGAGGGAGAGCCCGCCGGCUGACAUGCGGGAUAUUGAGCGUGUGCGUGUUGGGCGCAGUCGGUUUGCGGAUUACUGCUUCCACCCUCUCUUCGAGCAGGCUAUGAUCGGGUGUUUUGUGAGGAUUAAUAUUGGGCCUGAUCCGGCCACUCGUCAGGAGGUGUACCGCAUGGCGGUUAUUAAGGGCUUCUCCAAGGGCCGUCCGUACGCCAUCCCCGACCACUCCGGCCAUCCGAUGGUGGUCGACACUUACGUCAAGGCCGCCCACGGCAAGGCCCAGCGGGACUGGCCCUUUAUCAGCUGCUCUAAUAACAAGUUCACCGAGGCCGAGUUCAACCGCUACAAACAAGUCUGCCUCGCCGAAGGUGUGCCCUUCCCCACGAAAGACGAGCUCAUCUCCAAAAUCGACGACAUCAACCGCAUGGUGAACUACGUCUGGACGGACGAAGAACUCAACGAGAAGCUCCGCCGCGUGCGAGAGAUGCACGCCAAAUACGGCCCCUUUCAGCGCGAAGCGGUGCAGAAACAGCUCGAACUGGCCCGCGCCCGCGGUGAUGAGGAGGCCGUCGCCCGCCUGCAGGAGCGUCUCGAUAGUCUGGAGGUACCACGGCUGGCUUUUAGGACGGGAAGUCUGUUCCCUCAGAUGAAGACCUCCACUACUGCCACCACCACCACCACCACCACCACCACCACCACUACUUCCUCUUCCUCUUCCUCCUCUCACGGCGGGAACGGGGAGAAUGGGAAUGGGGUUGGGUUGUCGCAGCAGGAGAGGCUGGCGAGGAAGAAUUUGGAGAAUAGGAAGUACAACUCUGAGAUGGUGCGCAAAGCACAGCUUGCGGAGCGGGCGAAGGCCCGGGAGAUAGAACUGCGCACUUUGAGGGGGGAGCCCGUCGAAGACGGGGACUUGUCCCGCCGUGUUAGGACCAGAGUCAAGUUCCAUUAUGACCCGUCGCAGGACUCGCUGGUUACGCCAAAGAAGGUUGUUCAGUCUAACGGAACGAGUGGCACGAAUACACCGGCGAAUGGGGAGAACAAGGAGGAGGUGCUGCCGGUGAUUGCCAAGCUCAAGGAGCAGCAGUGGGAGCAGGCCAAGAAGCAGGGUGGGAUGCCGAGUAUUCAUCGGCCGUUGAUGGAUGAUGAUAUCAUUGGGGCGAUUGAUUUGGAGUUAGAUGUGGACAUCAACUAA